CGCUUGUCGUGGCUGUCCUGCGCUUCAUUCAGCUGAAGCCGAAGGUACUAAACCCUUGGCUGAACGUCAGCGGCUUGGUGGCGUUAUGCUUGGCCUCUUUCGGGAUGACCCUACUCGGCAACUUUCAGCUUUCCAAUGAUGAAGAGAUCCACAAUGUGGGCACAUCACUGACCUUUGGCUUUGGGACCUUGGCAUGCUGGAUCCAGUCUGCCCUCACCCUCAAGAUCAACCUCAAGAACGAGGGACGGAAAGUCGGGAUUCCACGGGUCGCCCUGUCGGCCAGCAUCACCCUUUGCGUGGUACUCUAUUUCAUCCUAAUGGCACAGGGCAUCCACAUGCAUGCUUCUAGGAUCCAGUGGGGCCUGGUGAUGUGCUUCCUGUGCUACUUUGGCACCUUUGCAGUGGAGUUCAGGCACUACAGAUUUGAGAUCGUUUGUUCUGAGUACCAGGAAAACUUUCUGAGCUUUUCUGAAAGCUUAUCGGAAGCCUCUGAGUACCAGACAGACCAGGUGUAGCCUGUCCUCUGGUGUGUGGGGGGGGCAGGUGUGGUCUCAUGGGUUAAACAUGACCUCAU